AUUUACCCCAUAAUCUAUUCACACUUCACAGUUCAGAUCAAUUUUUAUCUGCGUUCCAUUAUCCAUCUACUGCAAUCAAACCAAACGCCACGGGCACAUAGAAGACCCCACGACCAGCUAAAGAUGGAAGUAUCAGAAGUCCGUAGCUUAAACCCACCGCCAGGCCAGGGCAGAGGCGGCGGAGGAUACACACUUCCGGCCGGCCGAUUCUCGAGCGAGGACAUACUCUUCUGCGUCGACGUCGGCCCGGAGACGAUGGCGGAGAUGAAGGUGAACGGGCCUAACGGUAGGCCCUACACCAGAUUGGACUCUAUAAAGCAGGCCAUAUUGCUUUUCGUUCACGCUAAGCUCAGCAUCAACCCCGAUCACCGAUUUGCUUUCUCCGCCCUCUCUAAAACAACUUAUUGGCUAAGGAAAGAGUUCAGCAGCGAGGUUGACUCGGCAAUUGCUGCUCUACGAGGUAUCUCAGUGGAUUCAUCUUCGAGUCCAGCAGAUCUCAGUCAGCUUUUUAAAGUAGCAAAUCAUGAAGCAAAGAAAUCUCGUGCCCAGAAUCGGAUAUUCCGAGUGAUCUUGCUUUACUGUAGAUCAUCGAUGCCCCCACAGUAUCAACUGCCUCCAACUCUAAAACUCUUCACUUUGGAUGUCAUGUACCUCCACGACAAGCCGGGGCCUGAAAACUGCCCACAAAUGGUGUACGACUCCCUGAUUGAGGCCCUUGAACAGGUCAGCGAGUACGAGGGUUACAUAUUCGAGAAUGGUCAGGGAUUGACUCGUGCCCUCUUUCGCCACAUAUGCGUGCUACUGUCCCAUCCCCAGCAACGAUGCAUUCAGGAUGACCUGGACAUCCCCAAGCCUUUGGUAAAGAAGUCUCUUGUCAAUGACACGUCACAAGGGGAUGAUAAUGCGGUUGUUAUCGUUGGGUCCAGCCAGUGAGGUGAAAAAGUGUUCCAACAAAUACUGAUUUCUUGCCGUUUUUCAUUUCUUUUCUUUUGAGCAACUCGGUGGCUCAUGUAGUUUUAUGGGAUUGGAAAAAUGUGGAUAUGUAUGUAUCUGUGGAUUUGUUGGUGGAGCUUGCUUAUUGUGUAUGGCUGCUGGUGCUAAUUGUUGAUGUGGAUUGUUAAAUGAAUGUUGGUUGAUUUUGUGAAUCACUUCCUUCUUGUACUUUUUGGUGAAUGCAAAAGUAUUUGUCGGAGAUUGGAUUGAGGUUCUG